CAAUUCAAAGGACAUCAUGCUGGGUCCCAGAAUACACCUCAAGAUCCUCACGGAGCGAAGCUUGGAGACGAGGACUCCUGUUGCAGGAAGAAAGCUGGGCUGGGACUGAAAGGCCCUGCCGGCGCUGCUCAGAGACUCCUCCACCGUGGGCGCUGCCUGCUUGGGUACAAGGCACUGAGCUAGGCGCUCUGUGUUCUUACCGCGUUUAUUCCUCCCACCACCCUUGCGAAAUAGACGCUCUUAUAACCUUUUCUAGCUCUGGGGGCCCUGCUGCAGCCGGGCGUCGGGGAAGCGGCAUCUAAGUCUCCUUGUGAAGCAGGAAGGAGGACUCUGGCUCUGGAGCCUGGCACGCAGCAGGAGCGCGGGCCUUGGGGCCGAUAGAGCAGACCCACACAUCGGCCAGUGAUUAACCGAGACGUCCCCCUCCGGCCAUUUUGGAUCUUGCUGCGGCGUCUGGAAAGAAAAGCACCCCUCCAGCAAGAGGACGACAUUUUGACACGGCGCUUCUUCCCGCUGGUUUUCAGGUUAUCACCCUGCAGUUAUAAAGAAGGUCCUUCCAGAAUCAGGGAGAGAAGAAAGGAGUACAGGCUGGCCUGCCUCAGCCAGCAGUGCCCCGAAGAGAGGCACACAGGCGCUCCCUGGGAAACAGAGCCUGAGGUGACAAAGCUCCGCGGGGCUGUGCCUAAUCUAGACCUGGCUGCGCUGAUGACUGGAGCCCAGCGCAGAUCUGCCUGCCCAGCCCCGCCUGGCCCAGCAGGCCCAUCUGCAUCGGCGCCCUGGGACGGAAGGCCGGCCCCCUCCCACUCCCAGCCCCCUUGCACGGCCCUCUCCCCAGGUGAUGCCCAUCACAGGUAAACAGGGAGCCGGCCAAGCAGGCACACUUGUGCAUCGUCAUCAUUACUAAGGCUAUCAACACCGCGUGCAGCGUGUGUGGGGGUGGCUGACGGCCCAGCUCCGCAGCAAGCUGGCGACGCCAGGCUACAGCCGUCUCCUGCCCCACAGCCCAAGGCCCAGAGGCCCCAGCCUGGAUCAGCAGUGCGGAUGGAGAGACGUCGACAGCCGCUGGUCACUGCCCCUUUCAAAGGUGAAGACAGUAAAAUUUAUGACGGGCGUCCUAUCAGACAACAGAGGAGCAUAAAAGCAGAAGGAAGAGUGAUAGCCCAUCGGUCCGCGGACGUCUGGAGGGUUCCAGCAUGGGGCUGCGGCCACGCACUUUCCUCCUGGGGCUGCUGCUGCUGCUGCUGGGGCGAGGAACUACCCAGGCCCGUACCUCCCCUGGAGAGAACACACUGGAAGAGCAGCUAUGGCCAGAGUGGCAGAGCCUGAAGGGUUUUCCAUUCUCAUGCAACUCAAAGAAGUCAGGAUCUGAUGCGCCUUCUAACUCAGUCCACUCUCUGAGCCCUUCUGAUAUUCAACUUGUGGCAGCCAUUGGCAAUGUGGAAACUCCUCCAGACUCAGGGACGGAUGACCUGGAGAAGCAAGAAUGGACUGAAAGCGAGGGACCACAGGCGUGCAUGGGAGUGGUGACCGUCCUUUCAGAUGUCAUCAGACACUUCAAUCCAUCUGUCCUGAGGCCCAUCUGCAGCCCUGGGAAGGGAGUGGUACCCCAUAACGGUGCCGAAGACUUGUGGAUUCAGGCAAAAGAGCUGGUGAGGAACAUGAAAGAGAACCAGCAACUUGACUUUCAGAAUGACUGGAAGCUCAUCACCGUGUUCUUCAGUAACACUAGCCAGUGUCACCUGUGUCCCUCCGCCCAACAGCAAAGACACGUGACGAGCAGCAUGGACCAGCUGACGAGAAUGCUGGACUGCCUGCAUCAGGAGGUCCCCAAAGCAUUUGUGAACCUGGUGGAUCUCUCCGGGGUUCUGAGGGGCUCGCAUUGGCAUCAGGGGACUCCGCUCAGUCCCACGGCCGAGCCCUGCAGGUGCUCAGGGGAGACCUCGCGGCUGUCCAGGGUUGCGACCCAGUGGGCCUAUCAGGAAACCUGGGAACAGCUCCUGGCCUCCAGCAAGUACAACGAGCAGACGUCCUUCGCAGUGGUUUUCCAGCCUUUCUUCUACGAGGGAGCCCUGCCACCACCCUCGGGGGAGCGACCACUCCAGGAUCCCACCGUCCUCGCCUUGACUCUCUGGAACAGCAUGAUGGAGCCAGCAGGACAGAAAGAUGAGCCAUUCAGUGCAAAAGAGAGAAGGCCAGUGAAAUGUCCCUCUCAGGAGAAUCCCUAUCUGUUCACCUACAGGAACAGCAACUAUCCGCCCAGGUUGCAGAAAUCCCAGGCGAAGUUUGAGGUGAGAGAUGGAACGGAAAUCAGGUGUCCUGACAAGGAUCCCUCUGACACGAUUCCCACAUCAGUUCACAGGCUGAAGCUGGCUGACAUCAAGGUCAUCGGAGCCCUGGGUGAUUCGCUCACGGCAGGUAAUGGGGCCGGAUCCAAGCCUGGGGACGUCCUGGACGUCUUAACUCAGUAUCGAGGUCUGUCCUGGAGCGCGGGCGGCGAUCAGAACCUCAGCAGCGUCACCACCUUGCCCAACAUCCUCCGGGAAUUCAACCCUUCCCUGAAGGGUUUCUCUGUUGGCACUGGAAGACAAAACAGUCCUGGGGCCUUCCUAAACCAGGCCGUGGCAGGAGCCCGAGCUGAGGAUUUACCUGUUCAGGCCAGGAGGCUGGUGGAUCUGAUGAAGAAUUACGAGGAUAUAAAUUUUCAGGAAGAUUGGAAGAUAAUAACCCUGUUUAUAGGAGGCAACGACCUCUGUAAUGUCUGCAAAGACCCGGUCCGCUAUUCUCCACAGAAGUUCGUGGACAACAUCGGGAAGGCUCUGGAUAUCCUCCAUGCCGAGGUGCCUCGGGCGUUUGUGAACCUGGUAAAGAUCCUGGAGAUCAUCAGCCUGAGGGAGCUGUACCAGGAGAAGAAUGUCAGCUGCCCGCGGCUGGUCCUCCGGAAACUGUGUCCCUGUGUCUUGAAGUUUGAUGAUAACUCAACAGAACUUGCCUCCCUCAUCAAAGUGAACAAGAAGUAUCAGGAGGGGACUCACCAGCUGGUCGAGAGUGGGCGAUAUGACACAAGGGAAGAUUUUACAGUGGUCGUGCAGCCGUUCUUUGAAAACGUGGCGAUGCCAAAGACCCCGGAGGGGUUGCCUGACAGCUCUUUCUUCGCUCCUGACUGUUUCCACUUCAGUAGCAAGGCUCAUGCCCGCGCAGCCCAGGCCCUGUGGAACAACAUGCUGGAACCUGUCGGCCAGAAGACAAGAAGGCAUAGGUUUGAAGACAAGAUCAAUAUCACGUGUCCCGACCAGGUUCGGCCAUUUCUGAGCACCUACAAGAACGCUGUGCAGGGUCACGGGAGCCAGCUGCUGUGCAGUGACAGAGCCCCUUCUGCCUCGCCGCCCACCUCAGUGCACACCCUGAGACCUGCAGAUAUCCAAGUUGUGGCCGCUCUGGGGGAUUCUCUGACCGCUGGCAAUGGGAUUGGCUCCAAACCGAAUGACCUAUCUGACGUCACUACUCAGUACCGGGGGCUGUCAUAUAGUUCAGGAGGGGACGGCUACCUGGAGAAUGUGACCACCUUACCGAAUAUCCUUCGGAAGUUCAACGGAAAUCUCACAGGCUAUGCGGUGGGCACAGGCAACGCCAGUGACACAAAUGCCUUCCUCAAUCAGGCUGUUCCUGGAACAAAGGCUAAGGAACUUUCAAGCCAAGUCCAGACUCUGAUACAGAAGAUGAAAGAUGACCAUAGAGUAAAUUUCCACGAGGACUGGAAGGUCAUCACGGUGUUGAUUGGAGGCAGUGACUUAUGUGACUACUGCACGGAUUCGAAUCUGUAUUCUGCAGCCAACUUUUUUGACCAUCUCCGAAAUGCCCUGGACAUCCUGCACAGAGAGGUACCCCGGGCGCUGGUCAACCUCGUGGACUUCAUGAGCCCCCGCGUCAUGCGGCGCGUGUUCCUGGGGAACCCCGACAAGUGCCCGGUGCAGCAGGCCAGCAUUUUGUGUAACUGCGUUCUGACCCCGCGGGAGAGCUCCCAAGAGCUGGCCAGGUUGGAGGCCGUCACCCGAGCCUACCAGAGCAGCAUGCGUGAGCUGGUGGAGUCAGGUCGCUACGACACGCGGGAGGACUUCUCCGUGGUGCUGCAGCCCUUCUUCUACAACAUCCAGCUCCCCAUCCUGGCGGAUGGGCGCCCGGAUGUGUCCUUCUUCGCCCCAGACUGCCUCCAUCCAAAUCAGAAAUUCCACUCCCAGCUCUCCAGAGCCCUUUGGGUCAAUAUGCUUGAGCCACUAGGAAAGAAAACGGAUACCCUGGACCUGAUGGCAGCUAUACCCCUCCCCUGCCCUGCUCAGAAUGAACCCUUCCUGAGAACCCCCCGGAACAGUAACUACACAUACCCCACCAAGCCGUCCAUUGAGAACUGGGGCAGUGACUUCCUGUGUGAGGAGUGGAAUCCUUCCAACAGUGUCCCCACAUCAGUCCAUGAGCUCCGGCCAGCGGAUAUCAAAGUGGUAGCUGCCCUGGGUGACUCGCUGACUACAGCGGUGGGAGCCCGACCCAGCAACUCCAGUGACCUCUCCACAGCCUGGAGGGGACUCUCCUGGAGCAUUGGAGGGGACGGCGACUUGGGGACCCACACCACACUGCCCAACAUUCUGAAGAAGUUCAACCCCAAAAUCUUUGGCUUCUCCGCCGGCACCCGGGAGGAGACGGCCGGGCUGAAUGCAGCAGUGGGAGGGGCCAGAGCUCGUGACAUGCCAGCCCAGGCCCGGGACCUCAUGGAGCGAAUGAAGAACAGCCCUGAAAUCAACCUACAGAAGGACUGGAAGCUCAUCACCCUGUUCAUUGGGAGCAACGAUUUGUGCCAUUACUGCGAGAAUCCGGGGGCCCACACAGCCAGCGAGUAUGUUCGGCACAUCCAGCAGGCCCUGGGCAUCUUCUAUGAGGAGCUUCCAAGGGCUUUCAUCAACGUGGUAGAGGUCAUGGAGCUGGCUGGCCUGCACCAGGGCCAAGGUGGGAAAUGUGUCAUGCCACUGGCAGCCCAGAACAACUGCACCUGCCUCCGAGGCUCCCAGGAGAACUCCCUGGAGAUGCUGCAAGAACUGAAGACAGUGAACUGGGACUUCCAGAGUCGCCUCUCCAGGCUCUCCUACCAGUACCUGCAGCGUGAGGACUUCGCCGUGGUUGUGCAGCCUUUCUUCCAAAACACUCUUGUCCCCCUGAAUGACCGAGGAGGCGCUGACCUCACCUUCUUCUCCGAGGACUGUUUCCACUUCUCAGAACGCGGGCAUGCUGAGAUGGCCAUCGCUCUCUGGAAUAACAUGCUGGAACCCGUGGGUCAAAAGACAACCUCCAACAACUUCACCUAUAGCCGAACCAAACUCAAGUGCCCCUCCCCUGGGCGCCCCUACAUCUGCACCCUGAGGAACAGUCGGCUGCUCCAAGACCGGGCUAAAGCAGACCCCCCAAUGCUCUCCUGGGCCGUGCCAGUGGCAGCGGGAGGCGGCCUUGCGGUUGGUGUUGGCACAGUGAUGGCCUGGAGAGCCCUAAGGGGUCGCCAGAGGGAAAAUCCUCCCAUAAGUCUGAACACUGUGAGCUUGUAGGCCCGCCAGCCCUGUGCGGGCUCUCAUCCUGAAUUCCCCAGCCACGUUCCUCACCAGCCCUCUCCCUUGGCCACCCCUGGCCACUACGGAGGUCACUCGCUUCAACACCUGGUAAUGUAGGAAGCCAAAGGGACAGUCACAACUUCUUGGGGCCUGGGACCUAUGAUCCUGGAAUCGGAACAUCUAAAUAAAGGUCAAAGCCGUUCUAUUCUUGGGUUUGCCUGCUUGAAGCUCUCGCCUUCCAACCUGUCGUGUGGCGCAGAUGUGGGAGCUGGGACCUUGUCUCAGCCAGGGAUGGCCAACCUGAGCCCAGACUGGCACCCAACAGGCAUAUCCUCAGUCACCAAAACCACGAUUUCAAAUGUGGGAAAAACCUUGGUCACCAGGGUUUGGCUGGAAUUUUGGAGCUUGCCUGCCAUCACUCAGUACCAUCCAACAUCUUUUCUGUACCCAGGACAAGGUAGAGCAUUGUGGUACCUCCAAGGUUGUGCAUGUCACGGCCUGGCCAAGAGACGAACUCUUUAAAAAAUACAAGAUGCUCUGUGACAGCGUGUGGUUCAGUCCUGGGGCAGUGGCAGGAAAAUGCGUCUGCUUUCAAGAACAGGAGUUCCUUGGGAAAGGGUUCCUGGAAGAGCAAUUUUGAAAUGUCAUUUUAAAAAAAGGAUUGGGACAUGAAUGCUUCACGUAUCCUCAACCUGAUUUUCUCAAGGUGCUAAAUUUAGAAAAGAAUUCCUCUUUCUACAUUACCAGGUUUAUGAGAGAGCUAGAGAGAGUCUGAUAACACAAGCUCCCUCCAUUCAGCCCCUAGCAGGGGCAAGGCCCUGAGCUGGAUGUCUUACACAGAUAAGCUCUUUUAUUCAGCACAAAAACCCAGGGCGGGGUUGAUGGUCAUUUCUGAAGACAGAAAUAGCGGUUGCACAACACUGUGAAUGUAUUAAAUGCCAUGAAUUGUUCACUUUCAAAUGGCUAAUUGUAUGUCAUGGGAAUUUCACCUCAAUAAAAAGCAAACAAAAAUCCAUUAUCAUCAGGAUCUAAGUACCUCUCUGACCCCAAAGCCUGAGAUGACAAAGAAUGUGAGUUAGAAGCCCAGAUGUACCAUUUGAAUGUGUGGCUUUCACAGCAAACCCCAUCACCAGCCUAGGUCCCAGUUUCUCAGACACCUCAUCUAUACGAUUCGAAUGAGAGUACCCAUCUUGCCUGUCUCCCAGCACUGCUAAAAAACAAGGUGCCGUAGAAAAGCGCUCUGUAACUCUAAAAUACUGCACCCACGAAAGUGGGUUGUCUUCUCCUCUGUGAAGAGUUGAGCUCGGGUCUAGGCUGCUGGGGAUGAGGAAGGGUCCAGACAUGGGUUUAGGAACUGGGGGUAAUGUACGGGUGAAGACUGCCCACCUUCCUCUCAUGAAGGGUCAUCAUAUUGUUUCUCUUUGGCAAACACAGAGUCUGCAGAGGACCUACCCAGUCCCAGGUUUCUGCUGGUUUCAAUUUCUGCUUCUGUACAAAGGGAACAGCAUACCUGCCCCACUUCUUCCUGUGGACGAAAAACAAUAUCACAUACCCUAAAGGACCAGCAAUCCCAGCUCGUGUUCCUGGCUUAACACCGUGUGACAACCAAGAUAACUCAUUAAGUCGAAGAGUUCGACUUUUUUUUUUUUUAAUAAGUUUCCCUUCCAGUAGCUCCUACUUCAAAGAACCGUGGAAUUCAUAACCACAAGUCUCCCCUCACUCGGGUUGGGGGUUGCAAUUUAUACUACCUGAGUACUCCAGGAGCCCCCAGUCUGAAAAGUUAAUGAAAGGUGUGGUUCCCAGACUGGUCACCAAAGAACACUUUGCAGAAAUAAAGAGAAAUCCUCUUUGGAGGGACACAGCCGCAAACCAGGCCCCAAAUUCCCACCAAAGACACACUAAAAAGACAAAAUUUAAAAAUACAUGAGAGCACUUACCUGAACCUGGUGGUAUUAUAUAUACACGAAAACAUGUCCUUUUCCUAUAGGAAAAUGUUCAAUCUAGUUAGGAAGCCAAUCACAGCCACACCAGGAACAAAACCACCAAAUCCUGAGAAAGCUACACUCUGGGAUACUCUCCAUAGAGGCUUUCGAGUUCAAGAAAGAUUAGUGUGGAUUAAACUUGGUCAAAAGGCUUCACAAAGGACAUAGAACUUUAAUUGAGCUCUGAAGAAUGGAGAGGUGAUUUGGUUAGAGGCUGAAAAGAAUGGGGUCACGGAGACUGGGAGAACUCCAUCUAAGUGGAGAGGUGAAUGAGCAUGGUGUGUAUAUAGGGACAACAAGAGAGAUGUUGUCCAGAAACAAUGAGGAUGGAUGAGCCAGAUACAGUCAGAUUAGGGGCACACUAUGGAAAGGACAAGGAAUUAAUAGUGAUUAUAUUGUUACAAUGGUUGUAAUACCAGGCUGCAUUUGAUUUGGGACUAAAAUGCUAUUGGGAAAAGAUUGGUACAAAGAAAAAUAAUAUCAAUAAGAGUUGACUUAGAGUGCUUACACUAUGACAGGCAACAUGGUACAGAAUAAUUAAGCUUCCACAUCCCUGUUUAUCAUCCCCUUUUUACAGAAGAGAAAACCAAGACUCAGAAGAGUUAAUUGGCCCGGAGUUAUACUUUCAUUACAUAAUGGGACAUUCAUCAAAAUGAAUACUGGUUUCCAGGGUAGGGGAGUAACCCCAAAAUACAAAACAGAUGAUUCUAGCAGUAAAUUGGGCUGAACUGCAAAUAAAUGGGAUAUAAAAUAAAAACCUAGAAAGGAGGGACACACAUUAUCCUCACAAGGCUAUGACGGCACCACGAGUUCCUGUGCCUCCAACUGGUCUGAAGAACGCAGCCAUCUCUAGUUAGUAAGCUGUGGUUUUAAAAAUUAACUAUAGGGGCUAAGAUUUAUUUUGCUAGAGUAUAUGUGGAGUUAUAUAGCAGCUAGCAAAUCUUUUAA